AUGCAAGGGCAGGCUGUAGACAGGGGACCGCCCUCUGCUGACAUCGAGGUCCAGAACUUGAGUUUCCACCCAGCAGGUACACCACCCGAGGCGCCUCUACUGACAGAUGUGAGCCUGAAAGUUCCAGCAAAGCAGAUGGGAUUGGUCUAUGGGCGCAGCGGGGCCGGCAAAACCACUCUCCUGCAGCUCAUAGCUGGGCUGACACAGCCCACCACUGGCCGCAUCGCAGUCAUUGAGCAUGCAGUGACGUCAUCAGAGCGCCUGGCUCGAAUAGGGCUCGUGUUCCAAUUUCCCGAGCGGCACUUCCUGGCCGCAACGCUUCAGCAGGAGCUGGCGUUUGCGUGGCCGCAGGACAUGGUCUCGCUGCAGCAGCUGUCGUCGCGUGCGGGGGUGGUGCUGGACGCGCUAGGGCUGGACCAUAUUCCCCUCGACACCCCCCUGCGCCAGCUCAGCGAUGGCUACAAGCGCCGAUGCGCGCUCGCUUGUGCUCUUUGGUGCAGGCCGUCGGUAUUGCUGCUGGAUGAGCCACUGGCCGGUCUGGACUGGCAGUCUCGCGCCGACAUCGCCUCAGUGCUAGGCAAGCUGAAGCAGGAGUGCACGGUGCUGGUGGUGUCACAUGAUCUGCGCGAGUUGGAGCCCCUGAUAGAUGUGGCAUGGGAGAUGGAAGCUGGCGGCAAGCUGAAGUCCGUGCAGUGGCCCCCUGCACAGUGA